CCUGCCGUCAGGAAGCGGGGCUGAGGCGGCGCCAUGGAGCAGUGCCCGGCCCGGGGCUGGGCCCGGGGCUGCCGACAAACUUUGUUUCUGUCCCGGAGCGGAGCGGCGAUGGCGAUGGCGAGGGACUGAGUGAAGGUUCCCGUGUGGGUGACUCGCUCUCAGCUCAGCAUCAUGGCGCUGGGCAGGCGGCGCCGGGCCAAGACUGUACUGUUGUUGCUUUGCGGGAUGGCGGCUCUGGGCUUCCUGCUGUUCCCCAGAAAGGCUGAGAGCCAGAAGGGGAAGGAGGAGAGUGGGCGCCGGGGGGCGGCUGACAGCCCGCAGUCUGGGGGUCGGGAGCAGGAGCUGCUCAAGAGGCCGGUGUAUGAGAAGCCUCCCCUGGAUGUGAAGGCGCUGGGAGAGCUGGGCAGAGCCGUGCACCUGCACCUGGGAGGCGAGGAGAGGGUGAAGGAGGAGGAAAGUAUCAGCAAACAUCAAAUUAAUACUUAUCUCAGCGACAAAAUCUCCCUCCGCCGCCGAUUGCCGGAGAGGUGGAAUCCACUGUGCAAAGAGAAGACAUAUGAUUAUAACAACCUUCCAACCACUUCAGUGGUAAUAGCAUUUUAUAAUGAGGCCUGGUCAACACUUCUACGCACAGUUCACAGCGUUCUCGACACUUCACCUGAUAUUCUGCUGAAGGAAAUCAUCAUAGUGGAUGAUUACAGUGAUCGAGAACACCUAAAACAACGUUUAGAAGACUACAUUGCUUCUCUUCGCAAAGUACGUCUGAUCCGUGCACGAAAGAGAGAAGGUUUGGUUCGUGCACGAUUGCUGGGUGCAUCUAUAGCAACAGGUGAUGUCUUGACAUUCCUCGACUGCCACUGUGAAUGCCAUAUAGGCUGGCUGGAGCCACUAUUGGAAAGAAUCGAUGAGGAGGAAAGUGCUGUUGUGUGUCCUGUGAUUGACGUCAUUGAUUGGAAUACCUUUGAGUACCUGGGAAAUGCUGGAGAGCCUCAGAUUGGCGGCUUUGACUGGAGAUUGGUGUUUACCUGGCAUGUAGUCCCCGAGCAUGAGCAAAAACGUAGGCGAUCUCCAAUUGAUGUUAUCAGGUCACCCACCAUGGCUGGAGGGUUGUUUGCUGUCAGCAAAAAGUACUUUGAAUAUCUGGGCACAUAUGACACUGGAAUGGAGGUGUGGGGAGGCGAGAACCUAGAAUUCUCUUUCAGGAUUUGGCAGUGCGGGGGAACCUUGGAGAUACAUCCCUGUUCUCAUGUUGGCCACAUCUUUCCCAAACAAGCUCCUUAUUCCAGGAGCAAAGCCUUGGCAAACAGUGUACGUGCCGCAGUUGUUUGGAUGGAUGAAUAUAAGGAACUCUAUUUUCACAGGAAUCCACAUGCUCGUUUGGAACCUUAUGGUGAUGUGACAGAUCGAUUAGAUCUACGAAAGAAGCUACAGUGUAAAAGUUUCAGGUGGUUCUUGGAGAAUGUUUACCCAGAUAUCCAUGUACCUCAGGAUCAAGCAGGAUUCUUUGGAAUGCUAAAAAAUAAGGGGAUGACAAACCACUGCUUUGAUUACAAUCCACCAAAUGAACACAAUGUUGCAGGAGAAAAAGUCAUCUUGUACCAAUGUCAUGGUAUGGGGCAAAAUCAGUUCUUUGAAUUCUCUUCACAAAAUGAAAUCCGUUAUAAUACUCGCCAGCCUGAGGCCUGUGCUGCAGUGGAUGUCGGCACCGAUUUCCUAACAAUGUACCUCUGCCGAAAGGAUAAUCAGCCUGUGCCUGAGAAUCAGAAAUUCAUUUUUAAAGAGGAUGGCUCAAUAUACCACGUCCAGUCACAGAAAUGUGUGCAAGCUGUACCCCAUGGAAUAAUCAGUGGUCAUUCAGCACCAGUACUGCGGCCUUGUACAGAUAUUAAUGAUCAGAAAUGGUUCUUUCAAGAAAAACAAUGAUUUGCAUAUAUAUCAAAUCAAUGAACAAUAAAUUCCAUUGAUUCUCCCAGCUACCCUUACCAAAACAUGCUACGGGGUUUUGCCAUGAUUUAAAUGAAAAUGAUUUUAUAUCUUUCCAAAUAUAGUAGUAGCUCUAUCUUUUUCCCCAUUUCAUCAAUAGAAAGGUUUAUUUUUAAUAAUACCUUGAAUUUAUGAAGAAAUUCUAUUUUAAUAUGUAUUAAAUGAUCAACAUUCACAACAGGUAGGUAAGCUGACCAAAUUUUUCCUAUUGAUGUUAUCCUGGACAUUGAUACUAAAUUAUAAUAGAAUCAGUUUAACAUUGUCUUGGUUGUGAUUUACAAAACUGUAUCCAAGAAUUGUUUCAGAAUGAAACUGCAACACAUGAUUAGCAUAAUUCCAGUUUUGACUGCAGACUGAUCUAAGGCCACCUUUUAAGCUCUAAUUAUUUAUAAAUUUGUAUAGGUGAAUCAUUAAGAGAAUCAUCUUCAAUAGCAUUAAACCUGAAUUUGGUAUAGAUUAGAAGUUGUGCAAAUCGGCAAAUGUGCAGUCUCAUCAGUUUUGGAUCCUUGAGUUUAACUGGUGCACCAGAUCCAAAUUAUUCUACUGCAGACACAUCAAAUCAGUUCUGUGUUAUAACUGGAGGCACGAAUGUACGUAAUGAAGUACUUGCACUGUGUUUAAAGUGUGCCUAGUUAGAAUGUUAAUAUUGAUGCUAAACCAGCAUAGUUUCUUGUGACACCAUGAUUUGUGUCCUGUUCUGUGGGAGCUACAAUAAGGGCAAAGCUGCCACUGUCAAUUUGAUUUAAAAUGGGAAUAGGGAACAUUUGUUAGUGUUUGUCAUGGUUGGGGAAGAGUAAUGUAUUAAGUGAUAGUUUGAUAGAUAUCUUGCUGUUCUACUGAUUUUUUUCUUUUAAUUUACAAAUCUUAUAUAUUCCUCGUCAAUGCUGACAUUUUUCACAUUUUAAAAAUCUUGUACUGCCUUGUAUCAAUCUGAAUUGACGCUGACGAGUGCCCAGCUUAAACUGAAGGCAGCAAGUGACUUGUUAAUUUUAUAAGUUGUUAGUUUAUUUUCUAAAUACCGUAAUUAUAUUUACACUGUGAAAGGAAGCCUUUCUGAGCAAUAAAGAGACAGGAUUGAAAUGUAUCUUGGUCUUAAAAAGAGAGACAGUAAUCCCCCAAAAAUGCAAUUGGGUAGCUGAUAUUAAGGACAGGCUAAACUUUAGGAGUUAAUUAUGCAUUUGGUACAAUAUGUGAAGGAAGUAUUCUUCAAACACUAGAUGCCUUUCGAUUUAAAAUUCUAAACCAUUCAUUUGAGUUUGUAGGCCCAAUAUAACAACUUCCAGCAUAUUUUCAAACUAGUGGUCCUAAACCAUGUGAGUAAUAAAGUGGUGAAAUAAGAAAAUCAGAGCAAAAUCUUGUCAACCUAGACAUAGUUCAAAUUAUACUGUCCAAAUUAGUCUUUGGUUCAAGAUUGGCAACAGAAAAUUAGUGGUAUCUUCUCGGCCCAGUUGCAACAUGAUAAAUGCACUUCAUUUUAAUGGUCCAGUAGUGGAAUAAUAAAUGCACUUCAUUUUGACAGGAAUUGAAGGUAUUGACCAUUCGGUUGAAGGCUAUUUAAAAGUUGAUUCAUAAACAUUUAGAGAGAAUUUGGUGACAAUCCAUCUGAUUUUUAAACUUUUGCAAUGGCUCAUUUUAACUAUAGUGAAAGAAAUUGUUUUUAUUGUACGGAAUUUGAAAACUUGAAGGAGCUCUAUUUUUGCACUCAUCAAAAACCAAAUCGAAUGAUUUUAUGAGAAUUGCACGUACAUUGUCAUUAAGUGUGAAGUUUUGUGACUGAAAAUUUUCUAUUUUUGUCACACAAUUUAUUUUUUAAAGUGAAAUAAAAUUAGCCAAAUAUUUACAUCAAAAACUACAAAUGAUGCAAUAUGUGUAUAAAACGACUGCCACAGAAGUGACUGUAUUCUGAAAACUGGGAAUGUAAUAGAAGAUUAGAUAUGNUUUUUGAUAAAUAUUAAUUUAUCAAGACUGCAAAUAACUUUUCUAGAAUGGCUAAAGGGCUUUAUGGAUUUGAAAAAAAUAUUUUAUAUCUUGGGCUUCCAUAGUUUGAUAUUCUGAGGGAAACUUUUUACUUAUUCAUAUUGAGGAAAACUUUAUUUAAACUGGUAAAUUGAAUGUCUCUGCAGUUAACAGCCACACUUGCUGUCAAUGCACAGCAAAGUUUGGGUCUGGCAGUUUAAAAAUUGCAAAAUAUUUCAGGUGGUAAUGUCUACAGGAUAGGUUUAGAACAGAUUUUGCAACAGAUUUUGUAAAAGGAAUUUGUCAAAUGAGAUUUCAAAAUUUUUCUUCAAUUUAAACAAUGUUCCAAUAAAUCUAUUUUACAAA